CUUUGGCCUAAAAUGUACUGGCACGCCGCACGGCGGUUUGGAAGGCAAGGAAGGCAGCGACGUCUCGCGCUGUGGUCAGGGUCCUGCGGGAGGGAGGCGGCCGGGGUGUGAUUGGUCAGCGAGUGGAAGAUCAGCAGGAUCGGCAGAGGGCCAGAGGGUGAUGGGCUUGGCAGCCUGCUGUGCGGGCCGGAGAACCCUGUUGCCAUUUGCAGCUUGUUUCUCAGGCUCGCUUUUGCAGCAGGUGGUCUUGACAUUUACAUACACUACGGAUCCGUACACUCCCAAGUUACAAACGUUACGGUGGAUAACAGAACGCAUACCGGUCAAUCCACCAUAGCAGGACGCGACUCAAUUGUACUCCGCAAGUGGCAGUUGGUUUGAGAACGUUUAGAACCAGCCCCUUCCUCAAGACUCGAGUCGUGCGAGGUUGAUCGUUGAUCACGCGAGCCCCCGGGCCGCAGCUCGAGCAGGGCAAGAGCUGUCCUGUCCGACCUGGACUCAAGGCACUGCUGCAUCGGACGUUAGACAUUCGCAAAUCGCACCACGGGCACUCAUCCAUGGCCGCGAUCUAUUGCCACGUCAGGUCAGGUACCUUUGCUGCGUUAGUGUACGGAAUAUAGUGCAAUACCUAAUCCGCACGGACGAGAAGCAGGAGCAGCAUACUGGCAAUUGAAUGGAC